UUCUCAACGCAUGUGAAUAAAAAUCAAAACAAACGCAAGCCGAUGGAUUCGUGUUCCAUUCGCAUUUAAAUUUGUUUCUUUAAAAACUAUUUAAAAUUUACUAAAGUGUGUUAAAUUGUGAGCCCUCUAGUAAGAAAUAGUUCAUCACAAUGAGUUCACUUGUUAUGAACAACGUUUCCGCUUUGUUCCGGCGGUGCUGCACCAUUCAAACCGGCAUCGUUCGUCAUUAUGCAACACCAAAACCCGGUGGAGCUCUCGGUUCCAAGAAGAAAAAGCUCGGUAAAUUGGGACCGGUCGUCGAGAAGAAGGAAAUCCCCGUGGAGACGGAUGCCAAUAAGCUGGUCAACUUCGUGUGUGGCAGUAAUGUGCUAAAAACCGGCGAAGAUAUCAAACUGAAACCGGACUCGGAAUAUCCGGAGUGGCUGUGGAGUUUACACGUUGGCAAGCCGCUGACCCUAGACGAAAUGGAUCCGGAGAGUAAAGCCUACUGGCGAAAGUUACGGCGGAUGGCACUGCAGCGGAACAACAAGCUGGCCAAGCUGAAAAAGUUCUGAGGGAGGUAAGUGAGGGAUACUUUUAUUCGUUGAAAAUCUGUGCUUUAUUGUAGAAUUAAUACGAUUUGUUUUGCGAGGUAGAA